UCGUCACAGUUGAGGAAUGUCCGUGUUUCUCCGGCGAAGCUCGGGCAGCGUUCGGCAGCACUCGGUCGGUCUUGGGGAUCUUUCGGAUCUGACUCGACUUCACUCGGUGGUACUUGCUGAGCUAAUUGUCGUGUCUCUCGUUCUCCGUGUUGUUGUUCCCGGUGACGCGACGGAGGUGUAGCCUGACGCGAUCUCUUACGUGUCGGCCUGAAUAAAAGUGGAGCUCCGGGGGCCCGGGAGUGACGGAGGGAGUCUGUACCGUCUUCAGAAAACUAAAUGACCAUGGAAUCUGUAGCAGAGACUCAGCAGGGUGGCGAGGCUGCUGUCACAGAGACAGAAAACCAGCAGAUUGGAGUGCAGGCACAGCCACAGAUUGCAACGCUGGCACAGGUGCCCAUGGCAGGGGCUCACGCUACAUCUACAGGCCCCACCGUGACUCUUGUUCAGCUCCCAAACGGACAGACGGUUCAGGUGCACGGGGUCAUACAGGCUGCACAACCCUCAGUCAUCCAGUCUCCGCAGGUUCAGACGGUGCAGGUGAGCACUGACAACUGUAUCUAUAUUUCUACGAUUGCUGAGAGCGAGGAUUCCCAGGAGUCGGUGGACAGUGUGACAGACUCUCAGAAACGCAGAGAGAUCCUCUCAAGACGGCCCUCCUACAGAAAAAUCCUGAAUGAUCUUUCAUCGGACGCUCCAGGAGUUCCCCGGAUCGAGGAAGAGAAAUCGGAAGAGGAUUCGUCCACUCCUGCCAUCACCACAGUGACUGUGCCAACACCGAUAUACCAAACCAGCACCGGGCAAUACAUUGCUAUCACACAGGGAGGUGCCAUUCAGCUGGCUAACAAUGGCACUGAUGGAAUGCAGGGGCUGCAGACACUGACCAUGAGCAAUGCGGCUGCAGCUCAGCCCGGUACUACAAUCUUGCAGUACGCACAGACCUCUGAUGGGCAGCAGAUACUGGUUCCCAGUAACCAGGUAGUUGUGCAAGCUGCUUCCGGGGAUGUCCAGGCCUAUCAGAUCCGCACUGCUCCCACCAGCACCAUCGCCCCGGGCGUGGUCAUGGCGUCCUCCCCAGCACUGCCCACUCACCAGACAGCAGAGGAAGCGACUCGCAAGAGAGAAGUGCGCCUCAUGAAAAACAGGGAGGCAGCGCGGGAGUGUCGCAGGAAGAAAAAGGAGUAUGUGAAAUGCCUGGAGAACCGGGUGGCUGUGUUGGAAAACCAGAACAAAACGUUGAUUGAAGAACUUAAAGCACUUAAAGACCUCUACUGCCAUAAAUCCGAUUAAUUCCACAGAUGUUUUACUGCAGAUCUGUACAGAGACUAGUCUGGCAUUAGGAAGCUGGGCGACAGACACAUUUUCUAAAUGUGUGGGGGGUUUUUUAUGCUACAAAAUACCGGAAAAAGAACCUGACCUAUUUCAAAAGUAUGGAUUAGUCCGAUGUCCUACCGUUGAAUAGUAACAACAAUACUUUUAAUCAUGAAGACCCCCUUUUUUAAAGAAAUGAUUAUUUAUAUAUAUAUAUAUAUAUAUAUAUAUAUAUAUAUAUAUAUAUAUAUAUAUAUAUAUAUAUAUAUAUAUAUAAAUAAAAAAAACUUGAGGUAUUUUGAAACUGACAUUUCCACCUAACAGGAACUUCUUUGUAAGCUUGAAUCAUACACCCCUUCAUGAAUUCCAUGAUGCCCCUAGCAUUUGUUGGGAGAGAUUUGUGCCAGUUAUUUUUAAAUCCUGCAGCUAUCUUUUGUGGCUCCUCAGACUCCCAAGCAGGCAAAGGAAAACAGAGUGCAUCAUUUGUAUACUAAUGUGAAUUUUUUAGUUCCUUCAGAUGUUCAGUUCUAAAUCUUGUUUUGUUCUUAAAUAUCUAUCAACAAUGCAUUUAAUUUAGUUAUGCAUAAUAAUUAAUACUGGUGUGUGCUAUUUACUUUAAAAGUAUUUAUCAGCCCAGAAUCCAAAGCAUUCAACCACCCACCCAGAGCAUGGUUUGAUGUUCCCUCCAGUCAGUUAAAACUGAAUGUAAGAUUGUAGUGUCAGUGGGUUGACGUGAGAUAUUUCUAUGGCUGGUUUACACAAUGUGUAUUUUGUAUGUGUGGUGCUUUUCUUACUAAAAUGUUUGGAGGCAGUUCAGUUUAA